AUGUCGUUGAUCAUUGCCACUUUUGCAGCCCUUUCUUUGUGCUUCGCCCCUGCUCCUGGUGCAGCGGCGAUCUCGGCGCGGCGUCCGCUGCGGGGCAACGACACGCUGGUCUCGGCGCAGGGCAACUUUGAGCUCGGCCUGUUCAGCCCCGCUGGCAGCUCCGACGGCAGGUUCUACCUCGGGGUCUGGUACAAGAACAUCCCCGGCCAGACCGUUGUCUGGGUUGGCAACCGCGCGAGUCCAUUGUCAGGCGUCGCCUCCGCCGAGCUCCGAGUCUCUGCCAAUGACGGCAACCUCGAGCUCAUCGGUCCCACCGCUGCCUCUGCCUCGCCGGUCGUCGUGUGGUCAUCGAACCUGUCGUCAUCGUCACCGGGCUUGAACAACACGGCGGAGUUUCGCGACAACUUCCUAUGUUAACAACUACUGUAGCCUGAUUGGGAAUCUAGGGUUCUGAACAUAGGAUUUAUGUGUGGUUAUU